AUGAAGACAUCUCAAACAUCUUUCUUCAAAACACAAUUUAAAUCUAGACUAAUAAACUUCAUUUUCAUCUCAUCAUCUAUUGGUUUGGUCAUAUAUCUAUUUUUCUCUUCUUUUUCGCUCUUGCCAAAGAAUACUACUAAAGUAGUCUCAUCAAUAGACUCGUUGUUGGGUGGCGGUGAUCAACAAAUUUCGGCUCCUACGUCUCUUGAUCAUAUCGUUUUUGGGAUUGCGUCCAAUGCCAAAUCUUGGCCUAAAAGGAAAGAAUAUGUUAAGAUGUGGUGGAAACCUGAUAAAAUGAGAGGCUGUGUUUUUCUUGACGUUCCAUUAGAUAAUAACACUGCCGCGACUUCCGACGACGCCUCACUUCUUCCAUCGGUUUGUAUCUCUGAUGAUACCUCUCGGUUUCGUUACACGUGGCGUGGCGGUCUUCGGUCAGCCAUCCGCGUUGCUCGUGUCGUCUCAGAAACGGUAGCAUUAAAUCAUUCAAACGUCAGAUGGUUCGUGUUUGGGGACGAUGAUACCGUGUUCUUUCCGGAUAACUUGGCGAAGACACUAUCGAAAUAUGAUCAUGAUUUGUUGUAUUUCAUUGGAUCAAAUUCAGAGAGCUUUGCACAAAAUAGAUUCUUUUCAUUUUCAAUGGCAUUUGGUGGAGCUGGAUUUGCAAUAAGUUAUCCUUUGGCGAAAACAUUGGCAAAGGUCUUGGAUUCGUGUUUGGAGAGAUAUCCGCAUUUGUAUGGGAGCGAUGGAAGGAUUUCGUCGUGUCUGGCUGAACUUGGAGUUGGGAUUACUAGAGAAGCCGGUUUUCACCAGAUGGAUAUGAGCGGAGAUCCGUUUGGAGUUCUGGCGGUACAUCCAAUGACACCAUUGGUAAGUCUUCACCAUGGUGAUUAUUUGGACCCAAUCUUUCCAAAUAUGACAAAUAGAGAUGCUAUGCGCCAUUUGUACAAAGCCGCCGAAUUAGAUCCUCAUAGGAUCUUACAACAGACAGUUUGUUAUGACCGUUGGUAUUCUUGGACAAUAUCAAUUUCAUGGGGCUAUUCAGUUGAGGUGUUUGGAAACCACGUCUUAUUGCCAGACGUGUUACGUGUCCCUGCAACAUUUAGCCCAUGGAAAAAAGGUAACGUGUUGAACUCACUAUUUACUUUUGACAUGAGGGAACACGAUAAAGAUCCUUGUAAAAGACCAGUCGUGUUUCAUAUGAACACGACGUUCGUUGAGGAAGACAAGACUGUAAGCAUUUACAAAAUGAUGGAACACUCGAAUUGCACAUCUUAUAAUGGAUCUCCAAGGAAUAUUGAAACUAUCAAAGUGUAUGCUCAAAAGUUGAAUCUCAACAUGAAACAGAUGUAUGCGCCUAGACGACAAUGUUGUGAUGUAUUGCCAUCAUCAAAACAUGAAAAGUUGGACAUUGGCAUUAGGGAAUGCCAUGAAGAUGAGUUGAUUCAAAUGCCCAAGUAACAUCAAUUUAACAAGGUGUCUGUUGUAUAAUGUUUGUGUGUACAUAACAUACCGGUGAUUAAUGCCUUAUCUAAUUACACAGCCAUUAGUAGACAGAAGAGUCAAAAUUGGAUUAUGAGAUUCGGAAAUUAUUCAUAUACAAUGGAUGGAGGGAUUAGAAAGAAUUAUGUUUCAAUUUUAGAAGAAAAGUUAUGACUGAAUGGAAAAUAAUAACGGA